UUCAAGACUGGCCUGGAACUGUAGUCACCCAGUCCCUGCUUCUCAAACAUCUAGGAUCACAGGCUGGAGCACUGAGCCAGGCUGAGGUCUUGGUGCAGCCGGACUUCAAUGCCCAAAAGUUCUCAGGCCUCUGGUAUGUGGUGGCCAUGGCGUCCGACUGCCAAGUCUUCCUGGGCACGAAGGACCAUCUACUGAUGUCCUCCAGCACCAUCAACACCACCGCGGAAGGUGACCUCAGUGCCCACAUGGUCUUCCCCGGGGCGGAAGGCUGCAUCCAGGUGGACGCUGACUACCUGAAGGUGGGCUCCGAGGGCCACUUCCAGGUUCCAGUCUUGCACUACCUGGACGUGCGCGUGGCUGAGACCGACUACAGCUCCUUCGCCGUGCUCUACAUCUCCAAGGAGCUUGUGGGGGCUCUCAGCACCACGGUGAAGCUGUACAGCCGGACUCAGGACCCCACCCCCGAGGCCCUGAGGGCCUUCCGUGACUUCUGCCCCACUGUGGGGCUUCAGGAUGACCUGAUGAUCCUGCUGCCCAAGUCAGACAUGUGCUCCCCCGGGGACGGAGGCACCCUGGCACCCCCAGAGGCCCAGGCCAGCCCCUCCCAGGAGGCCACGGUGAGAUCAGUGUCCUGUGCGGGCUGGGCCAGGCUGGCCCUCAACCUACCGUCCUCUCCCCCCUUCUGCCUGGCGAGCCUCUUGGAAGCCCCUCCCGCCCCGCUGGGAAGCCUGCCUUGGUUUUCUGGGGCUAAAGUGCCACAGCCUGAGCCCUUAAACAGCCAGAGUGGUGGACGAGGUGUGAGGGUCACCGGCAUGGUGGGGGAAGAUUUGUGGGCUUUCCUGGGGUUCCUCCAGAUGUUUCUGUAGCCUGCCUUGGUCCUCACUUCCUUUCCCUAAUUUCCUACAGUUUGUUUCCUUUCAGGUAAGCUUGAGAUUGGCUCAUGGCUGCUUUCUUCUCUCGUGGGCUGCCUGCCAGAGGGCCUGGGGGUUUGGGGAUGGGUUAACUGCUCAUGGAUCUAAACAACCCAGUGAACCCUAAGCCUUCCAAUAUGGUGGUAGGGGGUGGGGGUCGAUGUUCGAUUACCCUCCUGUUACCUCCACCCCUUUACCCAGGGCUGGGCAGAGCCUGGGGGGCGGAGUUGUCCCUGCCCAUCAAGACUGAGGGACUCCUGGGGACGGGUAGGGUCUCUGGGGUGGUAGUGUGGGCGUGGGGUGUUUCCCGGUUUAUGGAAGUUCUGGUGGAGAGUCAGCUGUCCGGCCUUGUGCCGUGGCCAGCUUGUGGGGAGCAGCAAGCACCUCUGUCCAGGGUGGAUGGCACAGCUGCACCUCCUCUGCGCAGGGUGAGCCCGGAGCCCUAAA